AUGUCAUUGUGUUAUAGAUUUAAACGAUUCUGGUCUCUUCUUUUCGGUGAAUUUUGGAUUGAAAGAGGAAACCGGAAUUCUUCCACAUGUAGAAAAUCUGAAGAAAUAGGCCAUGGUGGACAUAUAGAGCUGAAGCGAAAAGGGAAAGAAAUUCUGGGUGCGGAACAUAGCUGCCGCGAUGCUGAUGAUAAGUGCUUCGAAUCUCAUGGAAUAAAUUUCUCCAGUCAAGAAGAAAAGGAUCGUUUUGACACCAAGAUGGAAGAGAUGCAAAUUAUAUUUUUAAAGGAACUUUCAGAAAUAAGACGUCAGCACGAGCGACUUAAAGUCGGAAGGGUUAUUUUGAAGAGACGAUUUUCAGAAUUGGAGCAAAUUCUGCAAACAGACAUUAGGAAUUUUACAAGCACGGAUAUUAAAACUUUUAAGGAAGAUUCGUCAUUAUCUAGUGAAGAGCUACAGCUUUUGGCAGAAAUGGAAGAAAUAUUGGAAAAGCUUGAAAAGGAACAAGAAGAGCUUCUUUCCCUGGAAAAAUAUUUGGAAAUUGAGCUCCACGAAAGGACGUUUUAUCCGGAACCUGUUAUGCCACGCCAUAGAAAAGUUGAAGACGAAUUCUCAAAAAGAAUGAAGUUAGAUGGUGGUUUAAAGUAUAAAAGCUACGACGAAACAGUUCAGCUUAUAACACAUCGUUGUCUUCCACCUCCUCUAUCUCUAGAUGAGCUAAUGAACACCGGCCGCAGAUAA